AUGGACAAAAGCCAGGAAAUAUUUAAACCUGGGUCUACUUUCACUCUCGAAAAAGAGACCAGAAACGGUCAAAUAAAGACUUCUGUUGAAGAAGUCAACGGGAAUGGUAUCAAAGAGUCCAACGGCACUACGAUACAUAAUCGUAGUGCCGAAAAGUCGGACAGUCCCUUGUCACUUUCAACUCCCAAUGACUCAUCCGAAAUGAGUUCAUUAUCCGAAUCUCCAUCAUUAAUGCAAGAUGAUCUAAAACCAAAAGCAGUUGCUGGUAUCACAUCAGAAGAUGAAACAUCAGUAAUAUUGGAUACUACGGAAAACAAUCGGAAAAGUAAAAAAAGACGUUGGGAUGAUCGAGGUCAAAUCGAUGAGGAGGAUGAGGGGAAUCCAGCAGUUCGUAGUAAGCUAGAAGAACCAACCGAAUGUAACAACCAAACAGAAGUAUUAAAAACGAUAGAAGUUGACUUUGUACAGUUAAGGGAGCAGCUGUAUCGUGAACAAGUCCGAGAGCAUGAUAAGGAUCUCGAAGACGUAAGGAAAGGAGUUCACUCUGAACAAAAAUUGCGCAUGGAGGAAAUAGAAAAGAAACGUUCAAGACGCUUAGAUGUUAUAGCCUCACGGAAACGAUACCAAGAACUCCAUUGUCAAAAACAAUUUGAAGAAGUUCAGUGUAGAUUAAGAUAUCAAUUCCUGGCUGAUUCCCGAGAGUUGCGAAAUCGUAUGUUGGAGAGUUUUGAAACUCGGAAAUAUGAACUGAUACGAGAAAAGAACCUAUCAGGUCGCUUGGAAUAUUCAGAGCCUGAUCGAAAUUAUUUGAGACAACAACAGGAACAACGAAUAAUUGAAUUUGCAUAUUUACAAGAAAAUCAUGAGAUUUUACCUCCUCCAUUAGAAUCAUUGAAACAAGAGGAAAUUGAAGAAGAUUUAUUAUUAAUGGGAAUUACACGAGAUGAUGAUCAAAUUCUUGCCCUAUCCUCAUCUUCUUCGUCACCUAGACCAAUCAUAUCGGAUAGUAAUAACCAUCCGUUUUUUUCGCUGGAAGACCCUGACGUUUAUUGCUCGGGAGAUCAAUUAGUAUAUUACGGGCAAAUUUUUAAAAAAGGGGAUUUAGUUCUUGUGAGCGACUCUACAUCUGGUCGGUAUACAGCUAAGUUUUUGAUUGCGUUCGAUACUGAGGCAGUAAUACAACGACCUGACGCAGCCUCAGGAGGUAGGCGUAGAUGGAAGAGUACAAACCAUUUGAACUCCUGGAUUUUUAUCGACUUCAUGAUAUCAAACGAUUCUUCAAGCCUGGAACAACAGAAAACGAAAAUAUGUUAUGCUAGAGUCUCAAGUGAUCACCAAAAGGUAGAUCUCGAAAGAGAAAAUAAAAGAUCGCAUCCAAAUUAUGGAGUCAUCAAAGACAUUGGUUCGGGCCUCGAUGAAAUUUCAAAUGGGAUCAAGCAAAACUUUCAAGUGUUUUCAGUACCAAAUAGAGAUAUUAAUGCAAGAAAAUAUCCAUUGGUACUCAAUCAAACCGAAUCGAUGAGUUCAACGACACCUUCCACAUCUACGAUAAUUCAAUUUUGA